AGCAGGCUGUGCUUUUAAAAGACCCGAGGAGACUAUAAAACGGGUUUCAUGCCCGCUGCUGUAAAAAGGCUCGGCUCGAAAUGCGCACAGGCAGACGGAGGUAGGCAAAGCAGAUAGAGAAAGGAGGACAACACACACUAUUAUCAGCACUCACUCACACACAGUAUUCAUGGUUUAUUUUUCAAAUGUCGGAUCUCUGUCAUAGGUAGAGACAAACGAGAAGAGGGAGUUUAUGGGGCGGCAUUUAGCUCACUUAGGAUUUUAAGAAAAGAAAAGCUAUUAUUUUUCUUUUUCUUUUCUUUAAUUUUCUUUUCUUUUUUCUUUUCUUUUUUUUAAAGAAACGAGUCAGAUUUUUUUUAGUAGUUCAUAGAAGUGCAUGUUUAGUGAAUAGGAUGCGCGUCUUCUCCUCUCGACCCGGUGCUGUUUGACACAUUUUCCCCCCGCGAGCUGGAUCCACUGACCGGUGUGUUUUCUAACCCGGGGGAAGUUGGGCUCAUUAAAACUUUUCUGGCCCUACUUUUAAUGCCACGGAAAUGGGACCGCGCCAACGGGAGAGCGUGUCCGCGCUUUGCAGAAAAAGUUUGCUUUGGACUGUGCUGAUACUCUGGCUGUCCACGUUUGUUGACGGGACCUGGAAGACGGGACUUUACAGAACCUACUCACCCAGCAGCCAGACAGCAGCCUCUCACACCUCAGUCUAUCAGAAAAGGAACUGGUGUCCUCAUACGGUCACUAAGACGGUGACGUGCCAGGUGCAGAAUGGGACAGUUCUCCAGCGAGUCUACCAGACCUGCCGCUGGCCACAGGGAUGUACAGGAGGCAGCUAUAAGACCGUGGUCAGACCGUCCUACAAAGUGGUGUACCGCACAGUGACCUCGCUGGAAUGGAAAUGCUGUCCAGGGUUCAGUGGCGCUGCCUGUGAAGAAGAUGCAGGGAACCAGCUUGUGGCUCAGGAGGCAGUACGGAAACCUUCUACGGUCCGCCGGCCGCCUGCGCGCACAGGAGAAGCGAUCUCUAACUGUCUCAACUGCAGUCGAAUCACAGCUUUGAGUGACAGACUGAACUCACUGGAGGCGAAGGUCCAAUUACUCACUGUCCCGGCAUCCGUAUCGCAUCGCCACCUUCAGAGUAAAGGAGGAACUUCACCAGAGGCCUCAUUACUGAUGGGGGCCGUGCCCGCUCAGGGAGCUCCUGGUGAGCAGGGACCUGCAGGUCCUCAGGGUGAAAAAGGGAGAGAUGGGCUUCCUGGCAGAGAUGGGAAGCCAGGGUCUCGGGGGCUGCCAGGUCCCAGUGGGCCUCGGGGGGAGACCGGGUCAAGGGGCCCAUCUGGAGCCCCUGGAUUGAAGGGAUCCCCAGGACCAGCAGGCCCCCGUGGUCCACCAGGACUCCCAGGAGAGAGGGGUCUACCAGGCCCGCCUGGGCCUCCAGGGCCUCCCGCGCCGGCCAGUGCCCACAUCCCAGAACCAGAUCACACUCGUGGGAAGGACCCCUUCUUCACAAACACUUUCCAUGACUCACGAGGGUUACCUGUUCCAGGACCUCAGGGCCCUCCCGGGCCUGUUGGUCCCCCAGGUCCCAAAGGCCCAGUAGGACCACCUGGCCCAGCAGGACAGAAUGGGAAACCUGGAGCUCCUGGAACACAGGGCCCUGUGGGGCCAAAGGGAGAACGAGGGGAGAGAGGUCCUUUAGGUUACCCAGGAGAGAGGGGCUUCAGAGGCGAGCCGGGAGCACCGGGUCCCAAGGGAGAGCCAGGGGAGAAGGGCUUGCCGGACGUUAGCUUGCAGAUGUUCCACGACUUGCAGGCAGACCUUGAGCUUCUGGCUCGCAGGGUGACACUGCUGGAGGCUAUCAUCUGGCCAGAGCCUGAUCUAGGGUCUGGGGAUGGACCAUUUGGCACAGCCUCCCCUAGUUUCUACAGAGAUAAGCGAGCAGGUGCGCUUCCAUAUCGACUUGCUUCGCCUCUAUCCUCCGACACCAAGGUUCGAGGGAAGUAGCUCCCCCUGCUCACCCUGAGGAUCACAGGCUGGGUUGACCCCCCUCCUAUAGGUCUCAUCGGCACUCAACAGAUUGCAAGCUUAUCUGAUAACUUCUCUGGGCUUUACCGUCAGAUUUAGGAAGGGGGACACCUCAGGGAAACUCCACUGAUACUCCACAAUGCUCCUCCUCCAUCGGGAACCUGAGAACUAGUUUGACCCCCGCUUAUUGCCAUAACAAAACACUUACCUAUACAUAAUACACCCAGCAGCUCCCUCCGUGUCUCAUUUUCUUUGGCUACAGCACUAAAGCCUCAGAUAUGUGGAAAAAAAAAAGGAAAACCAUAAUCUUCUGUCGAUGCUCCUCAAGCUACAAACA